AUGAGGGAGGAUGCCACUGUCACUGCUGUGAGGGGUGAUGUUGGUGCCAGGAGGAGGGGUGAUGUCAUUGUUGUGAGGCGUGAUGUUGGUGCCAUGAGGGGUGAUGUCACUGUUGUGAGGGUUGAUGUUGGUGCCAUAAGGGGUGAUGUCACUGUUUCGAGCCGUGAUGUUGGUGCCAUGAGGUGUGAUGUCACUCCUGUGAGGGAUGAUGUUGGUGCCAUAAGGGGUGAUGUCACUGUUGUGAGGGGUGAUGGUGGUGCCAUGAGGUGUGAUGUCACUGUUGUUAGGGGUGAUGGUGGUGCCAUGAGGUGUGAUGUCCCUGUUGUGAGGGGUGAUGUUGGUGCCAGGAGGGGUGAUGUCAUUGUUGUGAGGCGUGAUGUUGGUGCCAUGAGGGGUGAUGUCACUGUUGUGAGGGUUGAUGUUGGUGCCAUAAGGGGUGAUGUCACUGUUUCGAGCCGUGAUGUUGGUGCCAUGAGGUGUGAUGUCACUCCUGUGAGGGAUGAUGUUGGUGCCAUAAGGGGUGAUGUCACUGUUGUGAGGAGGGGUGAUGUCAUUGUUGUGAGGCGUGAUGUUGGUGCCAUGAGGGGUGAUGUCACUGUUGUGAGGGUUGAUGUUGGUGCCAUAAGGGGUGAUGUCACUGUUUCGAGCCGUGAUGUUGGUGCCAUGAGGUGUGAUGUCACUCCUGUGAGGGAUGAUGUUGGUGCCAUAAGGGGUGAUGUCACUGUUGUGAGGUGUGGUAUCACUGUUGUGAUGGGUGAUGUUGGUACCAUUAGGGGUGAUGCCACUGUUGGUGCCGUGAGGUGUGAUGUCACUGCUGUGAGGGGUGAUGUUGGUGCCAUAAGGGGUGAUGUCACUGUUGUGAGGGGUGAUGUUGGUGCCAUGAGGUGCGAUGUCACUGCUGUGAGGGGUGAUGUUGGUGCCAUGAGGUGUGAUGUCACUGCUGUGAGGGAUGAUAUUGGUGUCAUGAGGUGCGAUGUCACUGCUGUGAGGGGUGAUGUUGGUGCCAUGAGGUGUGAUGUCACUGCUGUGAGGGAUGAUAUUGGUGUCAUGAGGUGCGAUGUCACUGCUGUGAGGGGUGAUGUUGGUGCCAUGAGGUGUGAUGUCACUGCUGUGAGGGAUGAUGUUGGUGUCAUGAGGUGUAAUGUCACUGCUGUGAGGGGUGAUGUUGGUGCCAUGAGGGGUGAUGUCACUGUUGUGAGGGGUGGUAUCACUGUUGUUAGGGGUGAUGUUGGUGCCAUUAGAGGUGAUACCACUGUUAUGAGGAGUGAUGUCACUGUUGUGAGGGGUGAUGUUGGUGCCAUUAGGGGUGAUGCCACUGUUGUAAGGCACGAUGUUGGUGCCAUGAGGUGUGAUCUUACUGUUGUGAGGGAUGAUGUUGGUGCCAUUAGAGGUGAUGCCACUGUUGAUGUUGGUGCCAUUAGAGGUGAUGUCACUGCUGUGAGGGAUGAUGUUGGUGCCAUGAGGGGUGAUGUCACUGUUGUGAGGGGUGAUGUUGGUGCCAUUUGGGAUUAUUUCAACACUGGUACGGAUAUUCAAGCUGUGCGGAGGGAUCCCACUGCUUUGAAAGACCUUUUUUUUUAUUACCAAACAGAGUUAUAA